GCCAAGCGCGACCUGGUUGAGGCGGAGGCCAAGGAGAAGGCACGCCGCACCCCAGACGAUCUCCUCCGACGUGGGCUCGACCGCCACAACGCCAAGUCAAAAGAGGCGGAGGAGCUCAAGGCAGCAGUCGACUCGCUCAAGAAGCAGCUGGCCGACAAGCAGGAGGCGCACGACGCGGUGGUGGUGGAGCUUGGCCAGAUCCAGAUCGAGGUCAACGUUGCUCGUGCCGCAGUUCUCUCUCAGACGGGAGCAGGCAUCGGCAGUCCGGAGCAGCCCGAGCUUCAAGCAGCUAUGGGCAGGCUUGAAACUAUCAUUCAGGGUGUACCUGCAGCGCUGCUGGCGGGCAACGCUGAGACAAUGGUGGCAUUUCUGCAGUCACAGUUCCAGCUGCCCCAGCAAGCGACAGGGCAGCCUAAUCCUCACGGCCUCAAUCCUACAGCAUGGGAUCGUCAGCUCUAUUUGGACGACACCGACGUGGAG